CACUUCCAGGGAUGGGGCAGCCACAGCUUCUCUGGGCAACCUGUGCCAGGGCCUCACCACUUUCACAGCCAAGAAUUUCUUCCUAACAUCUAAUCUAAAUUUCUCCUCCUUUAGUUUAACUCCAUUCCCCCUUGCCCUAUCACUAUCUGCCCAUCGCUUUUUCUGUAAGUUUCAUUCUUCUUAUUAUUAUCCCUUAUUAUUAUUUGCACCAAAGAACAUCAGAGAAGAUACUUGCACAGUAGUUUCUGUUGUUGCAAUAAAAUGCUACCAGUAACAGAUCUGCAGCACUGGCAAGGGAGGAGCCAGUUUCCAUGGUUAGUGAGCACAACAGACCUGUGGCAAAUGUUCCCUGUGAGCUGGAUUUUAGCAGCAACUCCCUUCAGAAAAGCUUUAGAUACAAGUCCUUUAUAUAAGUCCUUUAUAUAAAGGGCUGCACUUGGCUCCAGAUUUCCAUGACUACAGACCAAAUGUCACCAUCAUUCUGUGAUCACCGGUGCUGCUUGAUCUAUUAAAACAGCCCUGAGAGGAGCUGAUACAUCAGUGAACACCCACCAAACACCUGUUGCUCUGUUACCAGGCAUCUUUCUGAAGGGUGCAGCAUGACAGAGCUCCACGAAGCCGUGGCUUUGGGGGACUACGACCAGGUGGAAAAGAUUUUGAAGGCAGGACGCUGCGACCCAAACCACAAGGAUGUCGACUGGCACGACAGGACCCCACUGCACUGGGCUGCUGCCAAAGGGCGGUCGGAUCUGGUCAAGCUCCUCGUGGAUCACGGUGCCCGGCAUUGCCUGCGGAGCGACGUGGGCUGGACUCCGGCUCACUUUGCCGCCGAGUCGGGGAGGCUGAGGGUUCUUCGCACCCUCCAUUCCCUGCACGCUGCCAUGGAUGCAGCCGACCUCUUUGGCGACACUCCCAAGAGGCUCGCGGAAAUCUACGGUCACCAGGACUGCUCCAAGUUCUUGGAGAGAGCAGAGGUGGAGAGCAGAAACUACCGCAUGACAGCUGCAAUGAAAGGAAUCCCCUUAGACCAGAGAGAUGAAGACUGGGAACACAAGAAAGAGGAGCUUGGGAGAAACCCACCAUGUUUUUGGGAGAACUGCACAACCUCUGCUCCAAAGAAAAAUGGGGAAAAAAAGGGGAAGCAGUAGUUUGUCCUGUCUGUUUGGUGCCUCUGAGCAUGUGAAAUACAGAGCAAAGGCACUGGCAGAUCUCAGGUGAAUCUGCAGGGUGAUAUACACGUGAAUGGGGGAAGCAAAUGCCCACAAGGAUGUGUCCUUGAGAUAUACUGCAAAUAACGUCCUUAACAGGGAAGAGGUAGAAGUGCUUCUGUCUUUCUGUGUGUCUCUAUGUAUCAGAUUUCAAAUAUCAAAAAACUGCAGAAUAUAUUUAAAUAUACCAAUACUCUAAACCA